UAGAGUAGUAGCAGCAUCACUUUUGCUUUAUUUCCAAUUCAUAUUUCUUUUGCUUCACUCUCUGUCUCUGUCUCUCUUUUUUUUUUUUAAGCUUUUGCUUCUCUUUCUCUAAUAAAAUAAUGAAAAUAGUUCAAAAACAAGUAGGUGAAGAGCUCUCCAGUUCCACUUUUUGGUCUUUCAAGUAUCUCUGCAAAUUCAAAUGCCACUGAUUGCGUUCCCAUCUUCUCUCAGCCAAGAACUUUGGGCAUUGUUGCGCCAUAGCAUCUUAACCUUUCAGGUUACUUAGUGCUUCUGCUCCCAGUUUCUUAGAGAACUUAUGCUUCAAAAAGACUGAAAGCUCUUUGAGACUAGAAGUAGGGGGAGUGAUAACACGCAGAAUGGAGCAGUAUGAAAUUCUAGAGCAGAUUGGAAAAGGUUCUUUUGGUUCAGCUCUUCUUGUGAGGCAUAAACACGAGAAAAAGAAGUAUGUUCUUAAAAAGAUUCGUCUUGCUCGCCAGACUGAUAGAAUUCGCAGAUCUGCCCACCAGGAGAUGGAGCUUAUAUCUAAAGUACGGAAUCCAUUUAUUGUGGAGUACAAAGAUUCCUGGGUGGAAAAGGGUUGCUUUGUUUGCAUUGUCAUUGGAUAUUGUGAAGGAGGAGACAUGGCAGAAGCUAUUAAAAGGGCCAAUGGUGUUCACUUUCCUGAAGAGAAGCUUUGUAAAUGGCUAGUUCAACUCCUAAUGGCACUCGAUUACUUGCACGUCAAUCACAUUCUUCAUCGGGAUGUCAAGUGCUCAAAUAUAUUUCUGACCAAAGAUCAAGACACUCGUCUAGGUGAUUUUGGUCUUGCUAAGAUGUUGACUUCCGAUGAUCUUACUUCCUCGGUUGUGGGAACUCCAAGUUACAUGUGUCCUGAGCUUCUUGCGGAUAUACCUUAUGGUUCCAAAUCAGACAUAUGGUCUUUGGGAUGCUGUAUAUAUGAAAUGACUGCUUACAAGCCUGCAUUUAAAGCCUUUGACAUGCAAGCUCUUAUUAACAAAAUAAAUAAGUCUAUUGUGGCCCCCCUACCGACCAUGUACUCUGGUGCAUUACGUGGACUCAUUAAAAGCAUGCUGCGGAAAAAUCCAGAACUUAGACCAAGUGCUGCAGAGUUGCUCACUCAUCCACAUCUUCAAUCUUACAUCCUUAAGAUUCAUCUAAAACUGAAUAGCCCUAGACAGAAUACUUUCCCGGUCCGAUGGUCUGAUUCGAACUACGUAAAGAGAACAAGAUUUGUGGAGUCAGAAACAAUUUCAGUUCAUUCAGUUAAAGAGAAGAGUAUGUCAUUCAGCAAUGACAGGACUCUGAAUCCUAGUAUAUCUGAAACUGAACAGGACUCCAUGUUUUCUUCUCAAACAGCACAGGAAUUCCCAAGCUUGAAUCAAAAGUUAGCAGAUUUAUCAGUUGGCUGUGUCUACGAAGAAUAUGAUAUUGACACAUCAACAACCACCAAGUUUUCAAGUGUUGCCAAGACCCAAAGGUUGACACCAAGAAAGGUUUCUGCUACAUCAAAAAGACAGACAACACCAUCGAAGAUAUACCACAUUGUUUCAAAACAUGACCCGCUUCCGAUGUCACAAACUCCAGUGACAUCUUCUCAGCCGACACGAAGAGCCUCUCUUCCAUUGCCAGCAAGACCUACAGCGUUGGAAAACCCUUAUAGAGCCAAUGUUGGUCUGUUUCGCAGCAUGGAGUCUCCAGAUGUCUCUGUGAAUGCCCCACGGAUUGACAAGAUUGCUGAAUUCCCCUUAGCUUCUUCUGAAGAUCCCCUCUUUACAAUCCAUCAAGAGUCAUCAACAUCUGCACAAUGCUCUUCUAACUCGCCAGAAAGAGGUGACCGCUCAAUCACCAAGGACAAGUGUACAGUCCAAGUUGUGGAUAGAACCUUUGCCAGGCCCAGUUUCACUGAUGCCAGCCAUGGAGCUACAGGAAAUGGUAGCGAUUGCUCUGAGCAUAAUCCAACAACUGGCAUUUCAAGUCGUUCAUCUUCCGAGUCACAACAGCGUCGGUUUGACACCUCAUCGUACCAGCAGCGUGCGGAGGCAUUGGAAGGGUUGCUCGAGUUCAGCGCACGGCUCUUACAACAAGAAAGGUUCGAGGAGCUUGGUGUGUUGUUGAAGCCAUUUGGACCCGAGAAAGUUUCUUCCAGGGAAACUGCAAUAUGGUUGACCAAGAGCUUCAAGGAGGCAGCAGUUUAACUGGUAUACUGGUGCCAUUAGAUUUUCGCAAGUGUACAUUCGCAUUGUUUUUUCUUUAUAUUUGAUAUUUGAAAACUGAAAGAGUAGCUGAAAAGUCUUCAUCUUGAAGGCUGCAAGCGCAGGCUGAUAACAACUGAGCUCUUCUCUUAUUCUCCCCAGAAUAAGAGCUGAAAAGUGUUUUCCUUUCUUUUAUUAUGAAAACCAAAGGAGGGAUGGGGACAUGGGCAUCAACAAUCAGUUCAAUUAAAGCUAAUUUGGUUACACACAA